CAAUCAAAUUAAGCACAAUUUAAGCACAAUGUUAGCACACUUUGAACCAAUCAAAUAGCUGGAUCCACUAUUUAAGCACAAGGUAAGCCAAUUAGAGAAGGAGAAUUUUAUCCAACGUUGGACUAACAUGGAACAACCAAGAUGCGCCGCUUUGCUGUUGGUUGUUCUUUCGAGUCUCAUGCUCUGUACCCUGUACCUUCAUGUCUCGGCUGUCUGGCUGUGUUUUCGCGUGAGAUGGCAAAGACCUUCAAAGGUAAAAUGCAGCGAAAGGAUCCGAACUUCGCGCUUUGGAGUGUGCUAAAAGAGGAUGUUUCCACUCGGGGCAUAACUUCAGAUAAGGGGAAGGAUACUAUGGGCAUGCAGUGGAACUAUUGAGCAGAUCUGGAAAGAGCAGCAGUAUCACAUAGCAUGUAUUCAAGAUCCUGGAGGUACUGCUGUCCAGUUGUACACAAAGACUGGACCCUUAAGAAGGGAGUCAUUAGCUCCCAGUUUACUGAUCGGCAAGAGGGUCCACAUCUCUUGAGUCAUUCCACAACUGACACAUCGAGUGCUUCAUUCCAGGAAGUGAUCAAGAACAGAACUGCAUCACCCCAAAAAUUAUUCAAGUUUGGCCAUGUGGGGUAGUGGAAUACCAAUAUACCUGAAAUGAAAAACCCAUUAUACCCAAAAUUUCCCCUCAUAUAUAUUUGGGCAAUGUUGCAAAAACAUGCCCACUAGGUUUAAUUGCCUGGAUUCAGGUGCAGUCCUAAUCCAGGCUAAGCUAGCGACUUUAAACCCCGGGGAAGGGGGGAGGGGGGCUCCAUCACAGCCAGGCUGGCCACAUGCGCCAGGCACUGCCCUAUUUGCUGGUGGUUUGCUGGCAGCCAGCUGUCAAAAGCAGGGGGAGGGGAGGGAGAGUUUUCAGUGUUAAAUAACCUUGAUAUUGACUGUGUUUCUGGGUAUUUUACUCAGUUGAUGAACCUUGUUGGAGGGUUCUGUCUUGAUAUGGCACCCUGCUGGAGUGGUCCAUGCCAUGUGCAUGCAUGACAAGCUAACCUCCUGGUCAGAGGGGCGGUGAGAUGACUUCUGGCCAGUGGGACUGCCCUUGAAUCAAUGCGGGCAUGUUUUUGUGAAUACAGUCAGAUAUGUGAAAUACCAAAUUAUUUGGAAAGAACAAGGUAUACUUUAUACCCAUAAAAGGCCCAAUUUUGGCAUCAAAAUACCAUAUACUCAAAUUAAAAUCCCCCUGUAUACCCUGUACCCCAAAAUGCUGGCUGACCCUGAUUUUUAUAAUUAUUUAUACAGUUGAAACUCGAUAUAAUGAAGGGCCAAUGGACUGGCAAAAUAUGUUUGCUAUAUUGGGAUUCUUUUGGAUAUAAUUUACAAUUACUGGAGCAAAGAAAACCAUUUAUUAUACCUGGGACUUUGUUAAAUAGAGGUUCAUUAAAUCAAGGUUCCAUUGUAUGCAUAUAGUUAUUUUUUUGCUAGGAACAAUAGCCAAUGAUAUGCACUACCAAGAAUAUCUCCUUGAGGGUAGUGUUCAUUGGAAUGAAGAUAUAGGACAGUGGCUGCCGUAGAAGACUUAGAAGCACCAAUGUCACACACCUGUAGAACUCUAUAGCAGUGUUCUUUGUCAUGAAGUCAAUUGCUUUAGCAACCUACAGUAUGGGAAUGACCUAGUGGACUGCCAGGAUCACAGAAAGUACACAGUUUUGGGAAGUCAUUUCAGAUGAACAUGGCGUCGAUCCAACUGGUUCCUACCAUGGCGAUGCACAGACACAACUCGACAAAAUCGACGUUUACUACAACGAAGCUACAGGAGGAAAAUAUGUUCCCAGAGCAAUUCUUGUUGACCUGGAACCAGGCACUAUGGAUUCUGUACGAUCUGGUUCCUAUGGGCAGUUGUUCCGUCCUGAUAAUUUUGUUUUUGGCCAAAGUGGCGCAGGAAACAACUGGGCCAAGGGCCAUUAUACUGAGGGGGCCGAGCUAGUGGACUCAGUUUUGGACGUAGUCCGCAAAGAAACCGAAAACUGCGACUGCGUUCAAGGUUUUCAGCUGACUCACUCAUUAGGAGGGGGAACUGGAUCAGGCAUGGGCACUCUGCUCAUUUCCAAGAUACGCGAGGAGUACCCAGACAGGAUCAUGAACUCGUUCAGUGUGGUACCCUCUCCGAAGGUCUCUGACACCGUUGUUGAGCCGUACAACGCUACACUGUCAGUGCAUCAACUCGUUGAAAACACUGACGAAACUUACUGCAUCGACAACGAGGCUCUGUAUGACAUCUGCUUCAGAACCCUCAAGUUGAGCAAUCCUACAUACGGGGACUUGAAUCAUCUGGUGUCCGCGACAAUGAGUGGUGUGACCACGUGCCUGCGGUUCCCAGGACAGUUGAAUGCAGAUCUCAGGAAGCUAGCUGUGAACAUGGUCCCAUUCCCCCGCCUCCAUUUCUUCAUGCCAGGGUUUGCACCGCUGACCAGUCGCGGCUCACAGCAUUACCGCGCGCUAACAGUCCCGGAGUUGACUCAGCAGAUGUUUGAUUCCAAGAACAUGAUGGCUGCUUGUGACCCGAGGCAUGGACGCUAUCUAACUGUAGCAGCGGUGUUCCGUGGCAAGAUGUCGAUGAAGGAAGUGGAUGAACAAAUGUUGAACGUUCAGAACAAAAACAGUUCUUACUUUGUGGAAUGGAUUCCUAACAACGUCAAGACCGCUGUUUGCGAUAUUCCUCCUCGCGGGCUCAAGAUGUCCUCCACGUUCAUUGGCAACAGCACUGCCAUUCAAGAACUGUUCAAACGAAUCGGUGAGCAGUUCACUGCCAUGUUCAGACGUAAGGCUUUCUUGCACUGGUACACAGGAGAGGGGAUGGACGAGAUGGAAUUCACUGAGGCCGAGUCCAACAUGAAUGACCUGGUAUCUGAGUACCAACAGUACCAGGACGCCACUGCCGAGGAAGAGGGAGAUUACGACGACGACGAAGGCGAGGUCGAACCGGAAGAUUAAAUUUACCAAAUAUAACGAGUUAAGUUGACAUAAGUCAACUCUUGCUUUAGAAUAGUACCAAAAAUAUUUCUUGUAGGAUUAUGCGAAUUGGAAAGGUUAGUUAAAUUUUUAAUCGUUGUUUGUUGUUUUCUGCGUAAUAUGAUUUCAGUCAAAAGAAACCUGAGCUGAGACUUUCAAUUCGAACAACGGUGGUCCUAGUUAUUUAGCUGGCGUAAUAUUAAGAAUGCCGGCAAAUUUAAUCAAAGUGUAAUUUUUUUUAUACUAUUGAAAUAUUGUUCAAUUAUUUACACUAUUGAAAAUAUUGUUUAAUGAAUAAUAUAAUUUAAAAGUUGUAUCAUUCUUAUAUGAUUUCUGUUUCCUUGUAGAGAUUUUAAACCCCACUGAAAAUAAAAUAAGUCUCAAAACUACAUGAAAAACAACAU